CUGCUGGGCAAAGGAGGAAAAGCCAGAGGAGGCUGGGCCUUGGAUUACAGCAUAACUGGUCAGGAAGUUCUCUCUGCGGCCACACACCUAGUUAUUGUUGUGCUGUGUGAACAACAGCGCUGACGGAAUCCCAUGGCUCCCAUGAGACGGACCUCUAAGAUGGAGCUGCUCCCACUGCUGGUUUUCCUGGCCCCCUGGGGAGUCGCUGUGGCUGAACUAGGGAAGUUCUGGCACAUCUCUGACCUGCACCUUGACCCGGACUACAAGGUAUCUGAAGACCCCUUCCAGGUGUGCCCGUCAGCCGGCUCCCGGCCCGUGCCCGGCGCGGGCCCCUGGGGCGACUACCUCUGCGACUCGCCGUGGGUGCUGGUCAACUCCUCCGUCUGGACCAUGAGGGAGAUCGAGCCGGAGCCAGACUUCAUUCUCUGGACUGGUGAUGACACACCUCAUGUGGCCGACGAGAGGCUGGGAGAGGAGGCUGUGCUGGCAAUUGUGGAACGCCUGACCAAGCUCAUCAGAGAGGUCUUUCCAGAAACUAAAGUCUAUGCUGCUAUGGGAAAUCAUGACUUUCACCCAAAAAACCAGUUUCCAGCAGGGAGCAACAAUAUCUACAAUCAGGUAGCAGAACUGUGGAGACCCUGGCUCAAUAACGAAUCCAUGGCUCUCUUCAAAGAAGGUGCCUUCUAUUCUGAGAAGUUGCCAGGGCUGAGUGGGGCUGGGCGAAUUGUGGUCCUCAACACCAAUCUGUACUAUAGCAACAAUGAGCGGACGGCCAGCAUGACUGACCCCAGCCAGCAGUUUCAGUGGCUGGAAGAUGUGUUGACCAACGCAUCCCGAGCUGGGGAAAUGGUGUACAUUAUUGGCCACGUGCCCCCGGGGUUCUUUGAGAAGAAGCAGAACAAAGCAUGGUUCCGGGAGGGUUUCAACGAGGAGUACCUGAAGGUGGUCCAGAGGCACUACCGGGUCAUUGCAGGGCAGUUCUUCGGGCACCACCACACUGACAGCUUUCGGAUGUUCUAUGAUGAUGCAGGUGCCCCCAUCAGUGUCAUGUUCCUUACACCUGGAGUCACCCCAUGGAAAACCACAUUACCUGGAGUGGUCAACGGGGCCAACAAUCCAGGCAUCCGGGUGUUCGAAUAUGACCGAUCCACACUGAGACUGCAGGACAUGGUGACCUACUUCAUGAAUCUGAGCCAGGCCAACGCGCAGGGGACGCCAAUCUGGCAGCUUGAGUACCGGGUGACCGAGGCCUACGGGGUGCCCGACGCAGGCGCCCGCUCCAUGCACGCGGCACUUGGCCGCAUCGCCAGCGACCAGGACGUGCUGCAGCGCUACUACGUCUACAACUCGGUCAGCCAAGACUUGCAGGCCUGCGGCGAGGCUUGCCGCGCCAAGCACGUGUGCGCGCUGCGCGAGGUGGCCUUCGACGCGUACGCCGCCUGCCUGCGCGCCCCCGGCGUCGCGCCCGCGCCCCGGCUUGCGCUCCUGCUCACGGCGCUGCUGGGCCUGCGCGCGCUGCUCCAGCAGUGAUCGCGGACGCUGCCCGCCAGCUGGGCUCGUCUUUCCCCUCGGGAAAGGGGCAGCAACAUCUUCCCCGGACCCCCAGCAUACCUGUUUUCCACGAUUGGCCCCGGUCCGCAGAGAGCGACCUGGGAUGGGACAACCGGAGCAGGAAAUGAAGCACGGAGACCCCGCCACAAGCACAUUUCAUUCAUGUUUCAUGUUUUAACCAAAGAACAGUGCUCAUCGUCUAUUUUGUGUGUUCUUUUACUCGGCAAAUAAAGUUUACUGCCCUUGCACAGUUA